AUGGUCAACUGCACUCACGCGCCGCCCGAGGCGCACAGCGACGCCGGCGUUGCUGGCGCAGGCAUCCUGCUCUCGUUCAUGAUCGCCGCCGUGCUCGCUCUCGUCCUCUCCACGAGCGUCAUCGUCGCCGAGAUCCGCGGCCGCCCGUCGACGAUCCGCCGCAAGCUCCUCAACGGCUACAGCGACUCGCAGAUCAUGCAGGGGAUCGGCAUCCAGUCCGUCGGGCUCGCCAAGAUGGACUCGCUCGUGCCCUACCACUUCUUCCUCAUCUGGAUGCUCUCGCUGCUGUCCAUGGCGACGCACAACGCCACGCUGCUCGCCCUCGUCCACGACUACCGCCGCGACUGGGUCCUGCGCUGGCUGCGCCAGGCGCUCAUGCUCGUCAACCUCGCCCUCUCCUGCAUCUCGGGCGUCUUUGUCCUGCAGGUCGUCUCCAAGAACAUGUCCUUUUCCACGCUGCCCGUCGCCUGCGUCUGGGAUGGCGACGCGACGCCCUUUGCCAAGCCACCCGGCGCCGACGGCGUGCUGUCGUACGUCGGCACCAUUGCCGUCAUCGCGGGCAACGUCGUCAUCUUCGCCCUCGCCACCUGGUACCUGCACAGCCGCGAGCAGCGCUGGUACAAGGUGGUGCAGCUCGUCGGCCUGCUCGUCAUGACGGGCAUCGCCGUCGGCGCCGCCGUCCGCAUCAUCCUGCUCUCGUCGGCGUUUGGCAAGCCCUCGAUCCCGCUCGCCGACCAGGACGAGAAGCAGUGGAGCUUCGGCCAGCUGCUGUCCAUGCUGCUGCUCGUCCUGCCCCUUGUCUCGGCCAUUGAGAUUUACAGAGGCGACGUCCAGAUGGCGCCGCCCGUCGAGGACGAGAGGCAGCCGCUGUACGACGGCGAGCUGCAGUCGAACCCGCACAACAAGUUCCAGCCGAAUCCCUUUUUCGGCUCCCAGACCAACUUGUUCAAAAAGUAG